AAUGGCUCUGGUUGAGGAGUUCAAGAAAAAGAAUAUGAACGUUGCACUCAUCAGAGAAAAGAUGGAGCUGACUUUUUCCUUGAGGCGCAGGGAGAUAGUGGAUCUGCAGCCUAUGGUGUCAGAGGCUCUGGAACGGUGGCCUGCUCUGUUUUGCGACGCAGAGAUAAGGGAAGAGUUUUAUCGUAUAACCAACAAGGGCCUGAUUGACAACUUCAGAGCAGCCCUUAAUCAGCACACCUGGAGGCUCCUGAGACUCUAUCGGGUGAGGAGGGCCGCUUUUUCAUCUGAGAUGGAUCAGCUCCUUAACAGCCUGGAUCAAGAAACAUCUGACCUCACUGCACAUCGACAAACUGCAGCUUUAAAGGGCCUUCCUUUGUUUCUCCGUGAGAGUCAGGAGAAGCUCUUCAGGAACUGUCUUGACACUGACCCAGAAGAGGGGCGGACGAAGGGCCUCACUGUGGGUAUCCUCACUGUGUUGGAGGAUGAUACCAGCGCAGCUCCUCGAAGUGUCACGAGUGUUGCUGUUGUUGUGGAAGAAGAGAUUGUCCUUCAAGAUCUCCCUGACCUGCCAACUGCUUUUGCUUACCUCUUUGGACUGAUCUAUACUUUAAACCUUAGUUACCCAAAGCAUCUGAGGUACACAUUCGAAACUGUUCAGAAAUUGUUCAUGGAACUUGGUACAGACCUCUCUGCAAGGGUCAGAUCCCUCAAAAACAAACUCCUUGCUUUAGCUAACUGAUAAUGUUGGAAUUGUUGGAAAUGUUCCCUUCUGUCCAGCCAACACACUAUAUGUACCUCGAUCUCUGAUCUUCGAUCUCAUUUUUUUUUUUGCACUUUAUUGGGUUUUCCUUUAAGAUCUCCCUGACCUGCCAACUGCUUUUGCUUACCUCUUUGGACUGAUCUAUACUUAACCUUAGUUACCCAAAGCAUCUGAGGUACACAUUCGAAACUGUUCAUGAAACUUGGUACAGACCUCUCUGCAAGGGUCAGAUCCCUCAAAAACGAACUCCUUGCUUUAGUUAACUGAUAAUGUUAGAUUUGUUGGAAUUGUUGGAAAUGUUCCCUUCUGUCCAGCCAACACACUAUACAGUAUCUACCUCGAUCUCUGAUCUUCGAUCUCAUUUAUUUUGCUCUUUAUUGAGUUUUUCAUGUUACAUGUUAAGAUUCAGUGUGUGUGCAUUUACCGGAGUUGAUUUCCUGAUUUGUUUCAACUGUGUCCUGUUUGCAAUCACACCUUAUGUGUAUGUUAAGGUAUGGUUUUCAGCUCAGUCUUUGUUGGAAC